CCUCCUCUCCUUGCGCACCUGCCAGACCAUCAUCACCUCCUCAAGGUCAGUCAGUCAUUCCUCUCCUCUUCUCGCCUACAGCCGAUCAUGUUUGGUGAUCAGGCGCUGAAGCUAAUCGUGGAGGCGAGGAACGUAGAUGCUACUGGCUCCCUCAAGCCCUACAAGUGAGUGGGAGCUACAAGCGCAGAGCAGCUCUCAUGGCCUUGCACUGAAUCUGUCCCUUCCACCCCCUCCCUCUAUCGCUCAGUGAGGAGAUCAUCCGCCUCGUCCUCCUGGAAACCCGUCAGCUCCAGCAAGAAGUCGACGCCAUCAUGUCCUCUGUGCCUGGUGGUGCAGAAUUCGCCGCCGAAGCCGCCGAACGCGAUCCUUCUCUCGCCGCUCAACUCCUCUCACACCACUUGGCAGUACAGAGGAAUAAACGCUGUCUGCUGGUGUACCACAAUCAUCGAAUGGAUUGGUUGAAGAGGAAAUUAUGGGAAAAGGGGGGCAGUGUGGCCCUUGUGCUAGAGGAAGAAGAGGAAGGAGGGGCUGCAGGAGCAGGGGCAGGGCCUACCUCAGCAGCAGCAGGAGCAGCAGGAGCGGGACAGAAGUCCCACCCGGUCGAGCUACGCGCCAAGCUUUCUACGGGAGAGUUGUCCUGGCUACGCAAUUACGCCUCGCUUCUCACGGCGUACAAGUCCGAGUUCCUAGAUAUUCUAGACAUUGCUUCACCCCUCUCUGCCUCCUCUUCCUCGCGGGCGAGGGGAAGGCAUAGGCUGGAGUACAAGCCACCGGAUGAACUGAUGGUCACUGUUGUGGCUAUGCGGGAUGCGAGGGAGGUGAUGACGGAAAUGGGCACGUUGAAUCUGAGGAGGGGAGAGAGGAUGAGGGUCAGGAGGAACGAGGUCGAGGGAUUGAUCGUGCGAGGGUGGCUGGAGGUUGCAGAGGACUGAAGAAGAGAGGGGCAAGAUUAGAAGUAGCCUUGGCGCGGAACAGUGCACACAUCAGUAUGAGCAUGAGUAUAGCCCUCAUUGCUGUAAUCGGCUCUCCCCUUCCAUCUGUACAAUACACAAUGUCGACGAAAUCAUUUUCUCUACAGUACUCCACUACAACGAUCAAGAUACACCAUCGAGGAACAGCCGGGAGCGGGGCAUGUUCACAGUAGCCCUCUGACCUUACCUUGCUCUUCUGUAGCUGAUCAGAUGCUCCGCCUCGCCCGCCUCCCUCGUUGCCUUUGGGUUGCUCGGCGAACUCGGCGGGCGUCGGCGUCUUUGUGUGCGGCGACUCGAACAUGGCCCGGG